AAUCACCAACAAAAAUGAAGAGAAGUCAUCAGCUGACACCUCUCAGGAAAAUCCAGAGGAUCCAGGCCUGUGGGAGGAGAAAUUUGGAAAUUUUGUAGAUGUCAAAGCUAAUGGUCCUGCAUCCAUUGGUUUGGAUUUCUCCUUGCAUGGGUUUGAACACGUCUAUGGGAUCCCACAACAUGCAGAAUCACACCAACUUCAAAAUACCAGGGAUGGAGAUGCUUAUCGUCUUUAUAACCUGGACAUCUAUGGAUAUCAAAUACAUGACAAAAUGGGCAUUUAUGGCUCAGUGCCUUAUCUCCUGGCCCACAAACUGGGCAGGACUAUAGGCAUUUUCUGGCUGAAUGCCUCAGAAACACUUGUGGAGAUCAAUACAGAACCUGCAGUAGAGUACACACUGACCCAGAUGAACCCAGCUGCUGCUAAACAAAUGGUCAGACCUCGAACCAAUGUGCACUGGAUGUCAGAAAGUGGGAUCAUUGAUGUUUUCCUGCUGACAGGACCUACACCUUCUGACAUCUUCAAGCAGUAUUCAUACCUUACAGGCACACAAGCCAUGCCCCCUCUCUUCUCCCUGGGGUAUCACCAGUGCCGCUGGAACUAUGAAGAUGAGCAGGAUGUAGAGGCAGUGGAUGCCGGAUUUGAUGAGCAUGACAUUCCUUAUGAUGUCAUGUGGCUAGACAUAGAGCACACUGAGGGCAAGAGGUACUUCACCUGGGACAAGAAAAAAUUCCCAAACCCCAAAAGGAUGCAAGAACUACUCAGAAGCAAAAAACGUAAGCUUGUGGUCAUCAGUGACCCCCACAUCAAGGUUGAUCCUGACUACUCAGUGUAUGCUAAGGCCAAAGAAGAGGGCUUCUUUGUGAGGAACAAAGAAGGGGGUGACUUUGAAGGAGUCUGCUGGCCCGGUCUCUCCUCUUACCUGGAUCUCACCAAUCCCAAGGUCAGAGAGUGGUAUUCAGGUCUUUUUGCUUUCCCUGCUUACCAGGGAUCAACAGAUAUUCUCUUCAUCUGGAAUGACAUGAAUGAGCCCUCAGUCUUUAGAGGGCCAGAGCUAACCAUGCAAAAGAAUGCCAUUCAUCAUGGCAACUGGGAACACAGAGAACUGCACAACAUCUAUGGUUUUUAUCAGCAAAUGGCUACUGCAGAAGGGCUGAUACAACGAUCUAAAGGGAAGGAGAGACCCUUUGUUCUUUCACGUUCUUUCUUUGCCGGAUCACAAAAGUAUGGUGCAGUGUGGACAGGCGACAACACAGCAGAAUGGAGUUACCUGAAAAUUUCUAUACCAAUGUUACUUACUCUCAACAUUACUGGGAUCUCUUUUUGUGGAGCUGAUGUGGGCGGCUUCAUUGGGAAUCCAGAGGCAGAGCUAUUAGUGCGUUGGUACCAGGCAGGAGCCUAUCAGCCCUUCUUCCGUGGCCAUGCCACCAUGAAUACCAAGCGGCGGGAACCCUGGCUGUUUGGGGAGGAGAACACCAGGCUCAUCCGAGAAGCUAUUAGAGAACGCUACACCCUCCUGCCCUAUUUUUAUUCUCUGUUCUACUACGCACAUGUGGCUUCUGAACCUGUCAUGAGGUAAAAAAGAAUCCUCCAUCUGGGGACCCCAGCAACCAAUCCAUAACAGAUCCUUUCAGUGAUUAGGGACUGGAGUGAGUACACAGUGGUUUUAAGAGGAAAAGUGAAGAAAAGCAUAUGUUUAAUCAAAUUUCAGUGGGCUUACUAUCAACUAUACACAAGGUGCUAGCUGUUAACGAAACGGAAAAUGAAAGCUAGAUCCCCUACAACUUGUGAUUAAAGUAUCAGUAUUUGCUAAGAGAUAGAAAUAGAACUAUUUCAAAAAG